CUCCAUAGUUUAUCAUCUAGACAGCUAUUUGCCUUUACACCAACUCUAGUUAGCUUCAUGGUCGAGCUACAGCAAUCAUUAAUUUCAUCACAUCUCCUAUGAUUAUCGCACUAUGGACUACAACGCAGCAGACUUGAGCUCCGUCCUCAGAACUCUCUCCGCCUUAUCCAACCAGCAACUACCACAACCUCAAUCACAAUCACAAGCUCAAUCACAACAACUACAAUUACAACGACAAUCACACCCUCCCUACUCUCACAACCCAGACCCCUCAACAUCAACAGCGCCAACAGAAGACAAUGAUCCCUACGAACCCAGCGAAUCCCUCCCCCAGCUCCCUAUCCCCCCGAAACCCACAUCCUCACGACCCCAACAUCACCAAACACAACCACAACCACGACCAGCACCAACAGGACCCAUCACCGAAGACACCUCCACCAUAACCACCUGGCCAACGGCCCUCCGCUACGUAAUGCGCACAGUAGCCCAAAACGAAGAAAUCCAGCGCCGUCUCCGCUGGCUAAUCCAACGCCAACACGACCAUGAGAAACAAUGGUGGCAGGGACGCGAAGCGCUCUUGAAGAAACAAUCUGCCCGGGCGGAGAAAAAGAAGGAGUUGGAUGCUGUGCUACGAUCUGUCGGCGCUCCUGUUGACGAGAAUAAGCAAGUUUCUACAGCCGAAGAAGACCGCGCCGAACUAACCAACUACGACGCAAAAGUAUACAAAGCCUCGAGACAAAUGUCCGAUGCUAUGAUAGCAGAGCUCAAGGCACUCAGGAUUCCCUUUUUCACUAUUAAGAAGGGUCUUGUUUCGGAGUCGGACCCAUCAAAUAUGGGAAGAACAAAAACUACUGCCCCGACUGUCAAGCAGCAGCAGGGGCAGCAGCAGCAGCAGCAGCAGCAGCUUUCCCGAGAGGAAUUGUCGGCGCUUCAGCUGAGAAUGUUGGAGUUGUUGCAGGAUCUUUGUCGGGAGUGA